AUGGCCCUGUGGACACGCCUCCUGCCGCUUCUGGCUCUGCUGGCCGUAGGAGCACCGCCCCCUGCCAGGGCCUUCGUCAACCAGCACCUGUGUGGCUCCCACCUGGUGGAGGCACUGUACCUGGUGUGCGGGGAGCGGGGCUUCUUCUACACCCCCAAGACCCGCCGGGAGCUGGAAGACCCGCAAGUGGGGAAGGUGGAGCCGGGCGCAGGCGGCCGGCAGCCCUUCCCCGCCGAGGUGCCCAGGGAGAAGCGUGGCAUCGUGGAGCAAUGCUGCACUGGAGUCUGCUCGCUCUACCAGCUGGAGAACUACUGUAACUAG